UCAGGGUUUAAGUGUUCGACCAUUAUAGACGUUAGGGUUUGUAACACUCAUUUGAAUUGAACCCCUUCCCCAACUGAACCUCUCUCUGUCUCUUCAAUAUGUCUACACAAGAAACCCACUCUAUGGCUACUCUUAUCACUUCACUCUCCACCAGCUUCAGCCAAGUCCCUCCGGCGGCUGUUCCUGCCGUCUUGGAUUGCAUUUUGGCCUCUACCGGCGUAUCUCGGUCUUCGCUAUUCGCUUCGCUUCUCGACACUUUCACCAAGCUCUCUGAGGGUGUCAUGAAAAACGACCAGAAGUUGGACUCCCAUGACUGUAACUAUCUGGCAUCAUUGGUUGGGGCACUCUGUCACCUUCUAAAGAAAUUUGACACUAAUCUUGGUGCUUUGGAAUCAUUUAUAUGGAAAUGUUUUCUUCCAUUGAUAAAGAUGGCACACAUGUUCAGCCGCAAUAUGCUUAACCAGAUUACAGAAUCAUUUAUUAAUGCUGUGACUGAGACAAACACCUGGGUAGUUGUGGAGGCAACACUGGUGCCAAUUUUUCUAACAUUAGUUGCCAGUUCUAUUGGUAUGCCUGAAAAGGAAGUAUCAGAUACUUUUCAGUUAAUGUUGGGAUCUAAUGACUGGGUAAAUCAUAUAGAAAUGACUACAAAAAACAUCCUUUCGCCACCUGGAUCACCUUCGCUGCCAAUUUCAUGCCAUAUCCUAACCUUAAUGCUUGAUGCUGUCCUUCAAAGCCAGAAAAUAGCUGCCUCCUCUGAAUCAAUAAUUGCAAAUGGGUGUUUUGGUGAGAAUUUUGCUGGUAAAUUGACUUGGGGCCUUUGUAGCUUGACUGAGCAAUUGCUUUUACAAAAUUUGGAACACCGGUCCUGUGCUACUGCCUUUCUUCUCCCAAUCAUUUUCAAAGCAUUUUCUUCCUAUUGCUCUUUUCAAAUCUCAAUAGAUGGGCAGACCUUUACACUUUCAAGGAACAACUUCUUUAUGAAAAUUUGGAAGUGCUGUGGGACACUGUUUUCUCUUGGAACCGUGGAGAGACGAGAUGCUUUUGGCAUACUCUCCUUGUACCUGUCUUUUUUUCCUUUUACAGAAGAAAGUGGAGAUACCAACAUGAGUGAUAAAGUGGAAUGUUUUGAUAUAAGAGCUGAAACAAAAUUUUGGGACGAGAUUAAAAGAGGCCUGGUUGAUAAGGAGAGCUUAGUGAGGAAGCAAUCGUUACACAUCUUAAAGAUAGCACUACGCGUAAAUGGAGCAGCCCAACCCUCCGGUGUUUUAGAGGAUAUAUCGGCUGAAAAUAAUUCAAUGCCUCACAGCAUGACAAAGAGGGAGCUGUGGGCUGAUAAGGAAGCUAAAUCUCUGGGUGUGGGGAAAAUAUGUAGCCAAGUUGAGUCUUCUCCGGACAGCCAGAACAAGUGGGAGGCAUUUGUAUUGCUGUAUGAAAUGCUUGAAGAGUAUGGAACUCACCUCGUUGAAGCAGCUUGGAAUUACCAGGUAUCCUUGUUACUUCGAAACUCUAGCUCAGAUGCUAAUAAUAAAACCUCUAUCAGUGGAGCAGUUCAUCAAAACCAGAUCGAAAGUCCAGGAGAAAUCUUUAACUGGUUAGCAAUUUUGUGGGAACGGGGUUUUAAUCAUGACAAUCCUCAAGUUAGGUGCUUGAUCAUGCAGUCAUUUUUAGGGAUUGAUUGGAAGAAUUACGGUACACAUGCAAGAACGGUGCCUGGAUAUUUUGUUCUUGGUUCAUUUAUACAAGGGCUAAAUGACCCUGUGCAUCACAAAGAAUUUGGUGUAAAAGGAAUAUACUCUUCAAUGACAAUAGAAGGUGCAGCUAACUUUCUAAGCGAAUAUACAAGUUAUCUGAAUGUGAGGAAGUGCAUUAUGUUUUUGAGUGACUUAGCAUCUGCUGCUAAGCGGCAACCUCUUGGUAGAGUUGGAUUGAUGUGCCUUGCUGAAUGCAUUUCUUCUGCUGCUUGUCUAGUCAGAAAGAAUAAUAGUGAAAUUGGUGCACAGUUCUUUGAAGAUGGAGUUCAUGACGUGAUCAAAGUGGGAAAGUCUCCUCACAAUGACAAAAUUGUUUUGCUUGAUGCCUUGAGAUUUAUUAUUGAGAGCAGCAAACAACAUUUCAAUUCUAAUUAUCGUCUUCGAGUUUGUGAGAAAGUCCUUGACUCUGCUGCUUCAGUGGUGUGUACAUGUGAUCUACCUCUUGAUGUACUUUUGCACUUCAUUUCAACAUUUCCAUGGGAGUUCACUGAUCACGACGGUCCCUUAAGAGAGAAAAUACGACAAUGGCUUAUGGGGUGUGGUAAGCGUUGUAGUGUCAACUGCUGCAGUACUGAGAUGAAGCUCCUGAAGAGUCUUUAUGACUUUCCAAAUAGGUUUACGAGCCAUUGCAAUGAUGAUGCUUCAACCACUUUUGACGAUGAAGAUUUGGAUGCAUGGGAAUUUGAAGCGAAGCGGUGGGCAAGAGUGCUCUUUAUUGCAUGCAUGGAGGAAUAUCAAUUGUUACCCAUACUGAUGUUUAUUCAAAAUCACGGUAGUGAUGUCUGCAAACAAAACAAUAAGAUGGACCUAUUUCCUGUGAAGUUUUUCAUCCUCAUCUUGAGUCUAGUUCUGGAGCUUCAGAUGAUGCAAGAAAGAGUUGCCAAACAUGGUUCUAAGCUUAGAACCAAAUCAGAGUUUUUUGUGCCAGAAUCAAUGAAUGAAUUUAGUCAUGCAGAUGUUCCUAAUUUAUACCAAAAGUUCACUGACAUUUUUCUUCUCAUAUUGGAGGAGUUGGUCUCUUUUGCAAACUUGUCUUGUUCCAUAUUCUCAAAUAACAAUACCACUACGAUGAGAGAUGCAACCCUUCCUGGUUCUGUAACCGGAAAACUUGGAGGACCUAGUCAACGCCGGUUGUCAUCUUCUACCACUACUGCUGUAUUGCAAGCAAUUAUGUCCAUGAAAGCUGUUGCAACUAUCUCCUCAUUCUGUGCACGAGUUAAAACUGAUGUUUCACUUGAUCUUCCUAUUAAUUUUUUGUGGGAUUUCUUCUGGAAGACUAUUUCGUCUCCAGCUUGUGAUUCAGAGACUGGAGCAGAAAUACGUCUUGCAGCAUAUGAAGCAUUAGCUCCUACUCUCACAGCACUAGUGUCUGUGUGUUCUCCUCAAACUUUGGAUAUACUUAAGAAAAAUGACAGCUCAUUACUAUCAGAUGGCAAACCUCUGUUGGAUUCUUUGGUGCUUUCUUUUCUUCAGAACAUAAAUAAGCUCCUUACAGUUGGAGUAUUUGUACGAUCUCGACGUGCAAUUUUAAUGAAUUGGAAGUGGAUUUGCCUAGAAUCUCUACUGUCAAUUCCUUGCUAUGCUCUUAGGAAUGGGCUUCUUCUAGAGGCAAAUAAUUUUGUCUUCUCAGGUGCUGCUCUCCGAUGUAUUUUUUCUGAUAUUCUUGAGAGCCUUGAGAAUGCUGGGGAAGGUUCUGUUUUACCGAUGCUCAGAUCUGUCCGAUUAGUUUUGGACUUAUUUGCCCAAGGAAAGUCUGGUUCACUUGUCUGCUUAUGUGAUGGGGUGGAUUCCCAGAUGCUGUGGCAUUUGGUUCAUUCUUCUUGGAUAUUGCAUGUCAGUUGCAACAAGCGGAAGGUUGCACCUAUUGCUGCACUUUUGUCUUCCGUUCUCCAUUCAUCUCUAUUUAGUGAUGAGAGCAUGCACAUAAUUGAUGGUGCACCUGGGCCUCUGAAGUGGUUUGUUGAGAAAAUUCUAGAGGAAGGCACGAAAAGUCCCCGUACAAUUCGUCUUGCUGCAUUACACUUAACAGGGCUGUGGCUAUCAUAUCCUAGGAUUAUAAAGUACUAUGUGAAGGAGCUGAAGCUGCUAUCUCUACAUGGUUCCGUUGCAUUUGAUGAGGACUUCGAAGGUGAAUUAGCUGAUAAUCGUGAUACCAGGGCUGAAGUUUCUUUGUUGGCAAAAGGCCCUGAUCCUGAGCUGACCAAAGCAUUUAUUAAUACAGAGUUGUAUGCACGAGCCUCUGUUGCUGUUUUGUUUUACAAGCUAGCAGACAUGGCUGUCAUGGUGGGAUCGACUAAUGAAAAUGCAGAUUGCCAUGCAGCUUUGGAAUCUGGAAAAAUGUUUUUGCUUGAGCUUCUUGAUUCCGCGGUAAACGACAAGGAUCUUGCAAAAGAGUUGUAUAAGAAGUAUAGUGCAAUUCAUAGAAGAAAGGUACGGGCAUGGCAAAUGAUAUGUAUUUUGUCGCAUUUCGUCUGUCAAGAUAUAGUUUCUGAAGUCGCACGUUGCUUGCACACAUCCCUCUAUAGGAACAACUUACCUGCAGUUCGUCAAUAUUUGGAAACAUUUGCAAUUAAUAUAUACUUAAAGUUUCCAUCACUGGUUGGGGAGCAACUAGUUCCUAUAUUAAGAGAUUAUGACAUGAGGCCUCAGGCUCUCUCUUCUUACGUAUUUAUAGCAGCUAACGUCAUCCUCCAUGCAUCUCAAUCUGUUCAACACCGACAUCUGAAUGAAUUACUUCCUCCUAUAGUUCCACUAUUAACCUCACAUCACCACAGUCUACGUGGUUUCACCCAGUUGCUGGUUUACCAAGUUCUUUGCAAAUUGUUCCCUCCAUUGGAUUCUAAAGCCGCUGAAACUAUGACUUUAGAGAAGAGGUGUUUUGAGGAUCUCAAAUCCUACCUCGCAAAGAAUUCUGAUUGUACGCGCUUACGACAAUCAAUGGAAGGAUAUCUUGAUGCCUACAGUCCCCAUAGCUCGGUCACUCCUGCGGGCGUUUUCAUCAACCGGGUUGAGGACGUCGAGUUUGAAUGUGUACCAAAAUCCCUUAUGGAUCAAGUGCUCAACUUUUUGAAUGAUGUGAGGGAAGACCUUCGAAAUUCAAUGGCAAAGGAUGUUGUGACUAUUAAGAAUGAGAGUUUGAGAUCUGAUGGAGAUCAAGACCACAUGGCGAUACUGUCUAAUGCUAAUGAAAGAAAAUUGAGUACCCGGCUGCCUAAAGAUACCUCACUAGAUUUUCAGAAGAAGAUUACUCUGUCUAAACACGAGAAGCAAGACAUAAACGUUAAUUCUCACCAAGAAACUUACAAACAACUUCAGGAAAUAGAAAAGGACGAUAAGCUUCUUGCUCAGGUGCUGCAGUCUAGAACUCUAGGAAUGGAAAGAGAGAGAUCAAGCAGACAACAUCUUAUCCUUGUAGCAUCUCUGCUUGAUCGGAUACCUAACCUAGCUGGCCUUGCACGGACUUGUGAGGUAUUUAAAGCAUCAAGUUUGGCCAUUGCAGAUACGAACGUGUUACAUGACAAACAGUUCCAACUCAUCAGUGUGACUGCAGAGAAGUGGGUUCCUAUCAUCGAAGUCCCAGUGAAUAGUUUGAAGGUGUUCCUUCAGAAAAAGAAACGAGAAGGCUUCUCAAUUUUAGGACUAGAGCAGACUGCAAAUAGUAUACCUCUUGAUCAAUAUAUAUUUCCAAAAGACACAGUACUGGUUCUUGGGCGAGAGAAGGAAGGUAUACCAGUUGAUAUAAUACAUAUUCUGGAUGCUUGCCUUGAGAUUCCACAGUUGGGAGUUGUUAGAUCUCUCAAUGUUCAUGUCAGUGGUGCCAUUGCUCUUUGGGAGUAUACUAGACAGCAGAGAUCCCAGUAGCUUUUUUUUUCUUUUUUUCUUUCUGAACAUC